GGACUGCUGCCAUGUCAGGGGUGGAGGUCCCUUUCGGCUGAGAUUGAGGGUGAUUAUAAGGGCUGGUUGCUAGUGGCGGUUUCAUAAGUCUGCUCCCUGAAUUGUUUCUUGUGAACCAUUCGAGAGAGAGAGAGAGAGAGAGAGUGAGAGAGAGAGGUUGCUGCCGUGUGUUUACCAAUUAGUGAGUGCUGAACGAACAACUUGGCCAGUUGUGAGUGAGGUCCUGUGUUUGCGUGGAUGCCUGGGCGAAGAGGAGAGAGGACGGAUGUUGUUGAGGUUUUCGUGCAGACAGAAAUUGAGAUAUUCCCCAAGGACUGUGCUGAAACUGCUCUGUCCAGGUUGCUUGCCAGCAGCGUGGUGACUGGAGUAAGCUAAUAUUUGUUCAUUGUAAAGAUCAACAGCUUUGUGUUAGAAAAGGUUUCAAGUAAGUUUUGAAGAAUACUUAAGCAAAGAAGUUGAAGUGGCGAAAAGGAUAGAAGUAUUUUGACUCCUUCCAGUUUGAUAAAGAGGGUAGUGAGUAUGAUUUACAAGUGCGAGACGAAUAGUCCCAUUAUAUUUGACCGAUUCGAUCAAGGAGAUAUCAAAAGUGCAGAAGUUGGCUUGCUACGAGCGAGCUUGCCUACUCUGGGAGAGGGAAUGGUGGGUGGUAUGUCACUGAGGUCCAAGCGAGCGGCAGUUUGUGGAGAGCCUGCGGCCGCCUCAUGCGCUUCGACGUUGUCAGUAUCUUCGCUGGUGGCUGCUUCUCCUUCGAAGUCAGCUGCAACUAAUGGAACCUCAGUGUCCAUUAAGUCUGUGGCUGUUGCUGUGCCAAAGAAGCAUGGACCUUACGUUGUUGACAAGGGUCACAUGAUUACAUGGAUUGAUGCAAUGAGGUCGCAGUCACCACCACAAUUUCGCUCUCUACAUGGAGAGGCUCCUGAAACUUUCGACAUCGAGACAGCAGCAUACAGCGCGUGGCUCGAGAAGCACCCGUCAGCUUUGAGUUCGUUUGACAAAGUGGUGAAGCUUGCGAAAUCCAAGCAAAUAGUUGUAUUUCUCGACUACGACGGUACUCUGUCACCUAUUGUCGAUAAUCCAGACCGGGCUUUAAUGUCUGAUGAGAUGCGGGCUACAGUAAAGGAGUUGGCCACUUGUUUCCCUACUGCAAUCAUCAGUGGAAGAGCGCGUCCAAAGGUUUACGAUUUUGUGCAAUUGUCGGAGUUGUACUAUGCUGGAAGUCAUGGAAUGGAUAUAAUGGGUCCUGCAAAAAGUUCAAGUGGUUUUAAAGUCAACGGAACUCGAGUUAAAGACAAGAAGGGUAAUGAUGUUGUAUUUUUCCAACCUGCAAGCGAAUAUCUUCCAAUGAUGGACAAGGUUUGCAGUGUCUUGAAUGAUACGAUAAGAACCAUAAAGGAUGCGCGGGUCGAACACAACAAGUAUUGUUUGACGGUUCAUUUUCGUCUUGUGAAAGAAGAGCUUUGGGAAACUCUUGCAACAAAAGUUCAAAAUGUUUUGAAGGAUUACCCAAUGUUGAGUCUCACGCAUGGCCGGAAGGUCUUGGAGGUCCGCCCAUCCAUUGCAUGGGACAAAGGCAAAGCUGUAAACUAUCUUCUAAAUUCUUUGGGUUUUGCUGAUUCAAGUGACGUCCUACCUGUAUAUAUUGGAGAUGAUCGUACAGACGAGGAUGCUUUCAAGUUAUUGAAUGGUAUGAAGCAUGGUUGCAGCAUAUUGGUGUCAUCCAUUCCCAAGUCAACUAAGGCCGCCCUUUCGCUUCGGGAACCUUCAGAGGUAAUGGAAUUUCUGCGACGCCUUGUGCAGUGGAAAAAACGUGGAUCAGAGAAACGGAAUGGCGUCCAAAAUGGUCGUUACUUCAUCAACUAAACUAUUGUUGCAAUCACCGCCCGGCUAGAACAACCGUUUUUUGGGAGUCACUCAACAUCAUUCGCCUCAGUCUAUCAAAUUGAUCUUGGCGUUUUUUUCUGGUCAAGUUCCGCCUUUUACUACUCGGAGAUCUCUGUCACUUUAUCCUCAGCACUUUGCGAGGUUAUUCAUCAAAUGUGACACUCAACAUAUCGAGAUGGAAAAUUUCAUUUAAAAUUAAACAGGGGAAACCAGCUUGGUUUGCUCUUGUACAUAAUGCUCGAGGCGAGGAUUGUUGCUGCAGUGACGAGCACAUGUUAAGUGCGAAGUGGCGAAGCUAGCCGAUUGUGGGCGAUUUUGUACAGUGCAAUGGACCUGGGUUCUACUCGGGAAAAGUGUAGAUACCUGUGGAAAGGUUAGAGAAGUUGUAAACUUCAGACAGGCCAAACUUUUGUUUCCCAUUUUGUACACAAUUCUAGCAGAGCCUCCCUAGUAUCUUACCCUUCCAUAAGGUCGCCCACAUUGCCACAGCGUUGGUCACGGGUGUGACAUCCUGAAGUUCCUAUUAACCUCUUGUAUUGACUCACAUAACUCUGGAGGCUGUUUUUUCGAGAAUAUUGUAUUAUUUCGCUCAUGUAUCCAAAAAAAUGUUAAUUCAGAAUGCAACCAUAUUCAAUUUU